GGCGCCUUGAAAUAUUUUAAAAAAUAUAUAUAUUAUUCGAUAAUGGAUUAUUAUUUAAAAUAUAUUAUAAAUAUUAUUACCUCUUCAUAUUAAUAUUUUUAAUAAUUAUUGAUAAGUUUAUCGAAUAUCUUUUAAAUAAUAAUUUUAAUAUUAGUUAGGCAAGAACAACACUGACACCUCCGUCACUAUGCAGUUGGUGUUGCGUUUUUCAGUAGUUUGGGUCUGAAUUUUAAUAUGUUUUUAUUAAUUCUGCAUUAUUUGGUUCCUAUUCAUUUAUAAUUAUGAAUAAAUUCAUAAGUUGUUUAUUUAUAUUUAACUGUGAUGUCUAGUAAUAUCGUUCACUUAUUAUGGUUUUUAUUAUUUUUGUGGAUAUGUUAGUGUGUUUUAAGUUCAGUGAUGGUGUUCUAGAUUGUUCUGUUAGUGCAGUGGAUGGUUGGAUUUGAAUAACUACAAUAAUAUUCAUAAAUGAUGGAUUCGACAUUUGUGCUACUGGCGACAUUAAUGCUAACAACCAUGAUUGUGGAGACGUCAUCGGUGGUCUAUGAACCGAAAACUUUGGUGAACUCUUACUGUCCUGAGGUUACUAGCAGCAUGUUGAAAGACGGAUUGGACUAUGCUGCCACUGUGUAUCGCUACGAUCUCAUCAAGCCUGCCGAAAUAGAGCUCACUAGCAUGCAGGCUCUUCUCAUAUCUUUGCUCAACUGUUUAAGAACUCGAGACAACGAAUCUUGCACCAUCCUUGCUGAUUGCUCUAGUCGCAUAAAGCAACUGCGCUCCAGGUAUGUCGGACUCUGGCUGAGGGAGGACUUCCGGUUUCCAGACGAAGACAUGAAUAUAGCAAUGAAUCGCCUGGACUCGCUGGUUGGUGCUGGAGAACUGAAAAAAAGUGGAAAUUUGAUGCUUGAACUAGAAUAUGCAGUGGCUAACAACAUUGCUUGUGAAAUUAUUGCACUAGUUAAUGAAGGAGGAAACAUCAAUGGGUUAACUCAGUCCGGGGAAAGCCUUGUACAUUUGGCCGUGAGGAGAGGAAGUACUUCUUCUAUUGCCGUACUUGGGUUCCUGAAGGCAGAUUUUGACGUUCUCAACGCUGCUGGAGCAACCCCUAUGGAAGAAGCUAUUAACAUGAACAGCGUUCCAUCUAUCAAGGAACUGAUAUUGGCUGGUGCUAAAAUUAAGAAGCAGUUGCUCGAAGGUAACUCUUACCUCCAUAUUGCAGCUACUUCUUGCAAGAAUGAAGCAUUGCGGGCCUUACUUGAGGCAGGACUUGAACCCGACGUAAGGAACCACCUGGGAAAUACUUCAUUGCAGCUAGCUGUCAAAGUAGAAAAUGUUAAUGGGACGGAAAUCCUACUAGAAAGAUACGCUAAUAGGUCUUCUUUGAUAUCAGAAGAAGAAAAGAGUCUUCUGCAUAUAACCGUUGUGUCAUCGAAUGUUGAUAUGUUUAAAGCAUUUAUAAAAUGUAGGAAUUUGUUAGAUCUCAGAUUCGAAAAUAAUGACACAAUAGUUCACUUGAUAGUUCGUUCAAAUAAUUCAAUUGAAAUGCUCAAAGUACUGAGAGGUCAAACAACGCCAUUAAACAUCCGGAACGAUGAUGGUCUCGCGCCUUUGCAUAUAGCUACUGAUCCAUCAGUUGUUGAGACACUGCUAGAGAUGGGUGUUGAUGUCAAUAUUACUACAAGAAAAGGAAAAACAGCUCUCCAUAUAGCUUCGUCCAAAGGAUAUCUGAAUGUCGUAAAAGUUCUAGUACAACAUGGUGCAGGAGUUGACAUACAAGACGACCAAAAUGAAACAGCUCUGAUGGCUGCUACGAAAUCAAAGAUGAAUAUUGUAGUUAUUUUUCUAUUGUAUAGUGGUGCAGAUCUAACAAUAAAGAAUAAUCAAGGUCGUACAGCGCUACACUAUGCCUCUAAAGAAGGCUGCAUUGACUGUGCAUUAACGUUGUUGGACAACGGAGGAAAAGUAGAUGAAAGAGACACAGAUAAAUUCACUUCUCUACAUCUUGCAGCACGAAGAGGACGAAUGGGUGUGGUGACUUUACUGUUGGAACGUGGAGCUGAUCUAACAGCUAAGUCAGGAUCAGGAAUGACACCACUAAUGGAAGCAUCUUUUAAUGGCCACUUGGAUGUAGUGAAGCUUCUUAUUGACCGAGGAGCGUCUAUCAACGAUAAGGAGGACGGAUGGACUGCCCUACAUUAUGCUGCACAAGAAGGUGAAGUAGACGUUGUGACUUUACUGUUGGAUCGUGGAGCCUCCAUGAACGAUAAAAAUAAUGAUGGAUCAACGGCAGUACAUCUUGCAGCACGAGGAGGGAAUAUGGGAGUGAUGACUUUACUGUUGGAACGCGGCGCUGAUCUAUUAGCUAAGUCGGAUUCAGGACUGACACCUCUAAUGGAAGCAUCUUAUUAUGGCCAUUCGGAUGUAGUGAAGCUUCUUAUUGACCGAGGAGUGCCUAUCAACGAUAUGGACAAAGACGGAUGGACUGCCCUAUAUUACGCAGCACAAGGAGGUAAAGUAGAUGUUGUGACUUUACUGUUGGAUCGUGGAGCCUCUAUCAACGAUAAAAAUAAUGAUGGAUCAACGCCAGUACAUCUUGCAGCACGAGGAGGGAAUAUGGGCGUGAUGACUUUACUGUUGGAACGCGGCGCUGAUCUAUUAGCUAAGUCGGAUUCAGGACUGACACCUCUAAUGGAAGCAUCUUAUUAUGGCUAUUCGGAUGUAGUGAAGCUUCUUAUUGACCGAGGAGCGCCUAUCAACGAUAUGGACAAAGACGGAUGGACUGCCCUACAUUACGCAGCACAAGGAGGUAAAGUAGACGUUGUGACUUUACUGUUGGAUCGUGGAGCCUCUAUCGACGAUAAAAAUAAUGAUGGAUCAACGCCAGUACAUCUUGCUGCACGAGGAGAGAAUAUGGGCGUGGUGACUUUACUGUUGGAUCGUGGAGCAAAUCUUACAGCUAAAUCAUAUUCAGGAAUGACACCUUUAAUGGAAGCAUCUUAUUAUGGCUAUUCAAAUGUUGUGAAGCUUCUUAUUGACCAAGGAGCGGCUAUCAACGAUAAGAAUGAGAACGGAACGACUGCACUACAUUAUGCAGCACAAGAAGGGAAAGUAGACAUUGUGACUUUACUGUUGGAUCGUGGAGCAAAUCUUACAGCUAAAUCAGAUUCAGGAAUAACACCUUUAAUGGAAGCAUCUUAUUAUGGCUAUUCGGAUGUAGUGAAGCUUCUUAUUGACCGAGGAGCGCCUAUAAACGAUAAGAAUGAAAACGGAACGACUGCACUACAUUAUGCAGCACAAGAAGGGAAAGUAGACGUUGUGACUUUACUGUUGGAUCGUGGAGCCUCUAUCAACGAUAAAAAUAAUGAUGGAUCAACGCCAGUACAUCUUGCAGCACGAGGAGAGAAUAUGGGCGUGGUGACUUUACUGUUGGAUCGUGGAGCAAAUCUUACAGCUAAAUCAUAUUCAGGAAUGACACCUUUAAUGGAAGCAUCUUAUUAUGGCUAUUCAAAUGUUGUGAAGCUUCUUAUUGACCAAGGAGCGGCUAUCAACGAUAAGAAUGAGAACGGAACGACUGCACUACAUUAUGCAGCACAAGAAGGGAAAGUAGACAUUGUGACUUUACUGUUGGAUCGUGGAGCAAAUCUUACAGCUAAAUCAGGUUCAGGCAGAACACCAUUAAUGAUAGCAUCUGAAAACAGCCAAAUAGAUCUAGUGAAGCUUCUAAUAGACCGAAGAGCGCCUAUCAAUGAUAUGGACAAGGAUGGAUGGACUGCAUUACGAUAUUCAAAGAAUUUUGGCAAAAAAGAGUUAAGUGAAUACCUUGAAUCAAAAGGUGGGAUUGAGUAACUUCUCAAUACGAUGUAAAGACCUGAAUGAUUAAGUUUUUCAGUAUUUAUUUAUUGUUCAAAAACAGCUGUUAUAAACUGUUUUAUGUUCUUUCAUUGACAGGAGAUAUUUUUUUUUCUCUUACAAUUGCAUUUUGAUUAUGUAAAUAAAUAAAAUUAUGUAUAUGAGCUAGUAUUAAAAAUGAUAAAUUUUCAUAUAUCCUAAUAAAAUUUGCUAUUCUCUAUUUUAUUUCGAGGGCUAUGCUUAAAUAUUUUAAAUCCAACCCUAUUAUUGCCUGGUAAAGUGUCAAGAUGCCCUAAAUUAUACUAGUAAAAAAAUACAAAUAGUGUCUUAAAGGAAAUAUGAGUGCUUGCGGGACACUGCCAAACCCACUAAUAUCCAAAGAGUUGAUGAAAUUCUGUAUGCCAGGCUAGAAAUGAGACUAAAAAGACUCAUGAAUUGCUUUGCAAUGUACAUCUUUGUAAUUCCCAAGCAUUCUCAUAUUUUCAUUCUAGUACACUGAGCUGAAGUGGCUUUAUUAGUAGGCUUCUUGAUGGCAAAUCCUUUUUAUUGAUUUCCUUUUCUGAUUCUCAAAACCUAAAACCAGAUCUCAACCUAUAGAGUCAUAUAUCUCCUCCCAUAAAACUAAUUCUUUCAGAAAAUUCUUCGUCGUUCAUGCUACCUUAUUUGUGGAACUCUUUACCUAUCUCCAUACGUACAAUCAUUGUCGACGAAUUCCUUCAAACAACUCCUGUUCCAUCACCUAGUCCAUAUUCAAACUUUCCAUACAUGUAAAAUUUACUUGUGUCUGUACACUAUAAUUCAAUCAACUAUUGCAAUAGCAAUCAACAGUUAAUUAAGCAUUAUUUUGGGAAUGGGAAAUUUGGCAAAAUAUAGUAAGUUACCAUUUCUGUAGCUAAUAAUUCAACUGAAUAUGUUGGUUUCCGAAAUAGUUUUGUGACACAAAUAUACAAAAUUACCCUAAUCAGCGACAUGUAAUAUUGAUGUGGUUUAAUUAUAAGGGGAAGUUGCGAACUUUAAGGAAACUUCUUUUAGUGAUACUAGGAACAAAUUACGGGGGUUCUUUCCAUUGCGUCUCUGAAUCAGAUAAAAAAAAUAUUUGCGUAUUUUCUGACCAAACUUGACUCAUAAUUCAUCCUGCACAAGUUGACAAGUCUACAAUUAAUUAUUUUGUAUUAAAUUGAUUAUAAUUGGUAUCAAAGUGAAUGUUAUUGGACUCAACAAUUAUUCUUAUAGAAAAUAAAAUAACUUUUAAUUUCAUUUCUAUUAAAUUUAUCCUUGUACAAAAGAUAACAAAUGCUUACUAAUUUCUAAAAUUUAUUGAAAAUUAUGCUCCGGGCCCUGAAUUUGAGUCAGGCCAUUGCAGAUAAUCAUUGAUUGUGUUACACUAACCAUAGAUUGACUCUGAAAUCGGUGCAUGCCCAGCCUCUUAAUUAAAUAACUAAUUAAGGGGAAAAGUUGGCGGUUGAGCAUAAUCUCAAUCAAAAGCCUCCUUCGAAUGUUGAUCUUGGGAAAUGACAUGAUUUUAGUACAGUUAGGGAUGAGCCCUCCUCUUUCCACUACUUCAUUCAGAGUAUUACUUAUAUUUAAUAUAUAAUUUAUUGUAUAGCUUAUAACAGAGUAUAUUUUUAACAUUAUGUUAAUUUUUUUUGGGUGCUUAACUAUUACUUUCUAAGCCAGUAGCUCGUUGGCUUUAAUUAGUCAUAGUUCAUCAUCUUGAGAAAUUAACUAAAGUAUAGUUUUAAUAUAAUUAGGUAAUAUUUGGGUACUUGUGACUUAGCUGGUCGCCAGGAAACCUCUCUUCUUAUCACUCGUCUCUCCUUUGUUACUUGUGGGUUCUUCAAUUGUUUUCAGUUUUUUUUGUUGUUGAUUUUGUUGUUUUAUAUUUAAAAUAGAUCCUAUAACAUUUUUGAAAUUGCCGUCUUCGGCCACGGGAAAAGUGGUUGAAAUAGACAAAAGUAUUUGUUCUAAAAGAAAAAAUCAUGUAGGGAGGAAAAUGCUCCCUGAGCAAUGGAUGUUUGGUGCAGUUUGUAGAGAAACAGACGAGCGUUUUAUCGUAAAAAAUAAAAGACAGAAAAGCAACAACUCUAUUAGAAUGUAUUAAAAAUAAUAUAGAAGAAAGAACUACUAUAUAUUCUGAUUGUUGGAAAGGAAAUAACACCCAACAACUAAAUGAAGCGAACUAUAGCCAUUUCCAUGUGAAUCAGCUGUAUUACUUUGUUGAUCCUUGAAGUGGGGUCCACACUCAACACAGAGGACGAUUAGGGGGCUCAGCAAACUGGAGGAAUAAAGAACUUCCAGCAACUGCGAGGCAACACAUGCAUUCAUAUUUAUGUGAAUUUUGUGGCAGCGAAUCCACAGAAAAGAGGAUCCAUUCCUCGCUAUUUUAAAUAGCAUUAAGAUAUAUUGUCUCCCAAAACAAGAUGUUGUAAAAUAAAAGUGUUUUGUUAUUAUU